ACAGUGUGCGGAUAAAAAAGGAGGGGAAACUGGUGACGUCAGGGGUAAUUAGCAUAUUUCUGACUAUAUGAAAGGCUUGCGCAAAAGCUCAAGCAUUACUGCUGCAUCCCACUGAGCAGACAACUCUCAUCAGUAAGCCAGCGCUUCGACUAACUGCAACAAUGAGUGACAAACCAGACAUCUCUGAAGUGACCAGCUUCGACAAGUCAAAGCUGAAGAAGACCGAGACGCAGGAGAAGAACCCCCUGCCUACAAAAGAGACCAUUGAACAGGAGAAGGCAUCAUCAUGAAGCCCCUCCCUUCCCAUCAUGCACUGUACACCCCCGUCUCCUCCUGCAUUGCCUUGUUUUCAGUCACUUCUUUUUAGCUGUAUAACUCUGUAACCGAAAUUAUGAAUCGACGACUAUAACCAAGCUGCACAGCUGUGUGGACGGAUGAUGCCUUCUUCAGCCUCAUCCCCUCCUCUCCAGCUCCCACCUACACGCUCCUUUCUGUCGGCCUGUAACCGAGGAAGGAGGGGAGGGCCCUGAUUUGGUCUCCUACACCACCUAGACUGCCAACGCUAACGUGCAGGUUGAGGGACCAGGGCGUGGCCUGCGUUCCAGGAAGUUCAUCUUCGUCGCACCUUCACCACCACCACCACCUUUCACCACCCGGCAUCCUGUGUGGCUGCUUUUGCGCCAAAGCUGAGGCGUCUGGCUUUUUUUUUUUUUUCGUCUUCUAACUUUCGGAAAUGCACCACUUUGUUUGUACGCUGGCCAAAAUGUAAAUGCCCCAAAAAAUUGAUACUGUCACUUUUUUUUCUUUUUUUUUUUUUCGUGUACACUGAUUAAAAUGACGGAUUCCAUCUUGAUCUGGGAGAUGCUCUAUGGACCUAACCCAUGGUCCAACUGUAACAUACUUGGGCCCUUUUUUUUAUUUUUUUUGAGCAGUUUAGAGUUGCUCUUGUGUUGCAAUCUCUGAAUUGUCUCAACUGAGGAAAUAGUUUGGGUAACUGGUUCUGUGUUUUUGCUUUGAACUGUUAAUCAAACUUCUUUUGGAGUUUUGUAAAUUUCCCAGCAGUCAUGUUACUCUGCCACAAACCAUUGCCAGAAAAUGGAAAACCGUGAAAUGUUGUAAUAAAAAGAAUUUGUUACUAAAA